AUGGCAAUAGAAAUAUCACUGAUCAGUGUGGGAGCUGUGUUCCUGGUUGUUAUGCUGUUCAUGGCACUGAUUGGCACUUCUGGUCAGAGAGACAAAUGUGUAGAGAAAGACAACAAGGGAAGCAAGUGGGCAGUUGAGGCUGGCCUGCUGCAGUAUCUGUAUCAGUUCCUCCCCUGCUCCUCUUCUCCUUCACUCCCAGGUCCUCCUGGCCUCUUCCUCAUAGGCAAUAUGAUGGAGCUGACACAUGAUCACCUGCCAAUUCACCUGACCAAUCUGGCACAGCGGUAUGGAAACGUAUAUCGCCUCAAAUGUGGAAACACAACCAUGGUGAUUCUUAAUAGCUGUGACGUCAUAAGAGAAGCACUGGUGAAAAAAUGGUCAGACUUUGCUGGCAGACCGGUUUCAUACACAGGUGAUAUUGUGUCUGGGGGAGGGCGCACCAUCUCUCUGGGGGACUACAAUGAGGAGUGGAGGGCACAUCGUCGUGUAGUCCACAGCGCUCUGCAGCGUUGCUGCCAGCAGUCGUUGCAUGAUGUAAUUGAGAGGCAGGCGCUGCAUCUGCGAAAGGUUUUGCUGGACUAUCAAGGCAGUGCUGUAGAUCUCUCAGAGGAUUUCACAGUGGCAGCCAGUAAUGUCAUCACCACUUUGGCUUUUGGAAAACAAUAUGAUAAGAGCUCUUUGGAGCUGCAGCAGCUGCACAGCUGCCUGAAUGAGAUUGUUGCUCUUUGGGGUUCCUCUUGGAUUUCUGCUCUGGACUCCUUCCCACUGCUCAGAAAAUUACCCAACCCUGUGUUUUCCCGCCUCCUGAAAGAGGUGGCCAGGAGAGAUGCAAUCAUACAAAAACAUCUCAACAAUUACAAGUCACAAGACAGCAAAAAUGAGGACGCCAUCGCAGGAUCCCUCCUCCACGGCCUUGACAAACAUCACAACACAGAACAUGGAGUGCUCCUCACAGAUGUUCAUGUUCACAUGGCCACUGUGGACCUUCUCAUCGGGGGAACAGAGACCACUGCAGCCUGGCUGAACUGGACCGUGGCCUUCCUCUUGCACAGACCAGAGGUUCAGGCCAAAGUGUAUGAGGAGCUGUGCACAGUGCUGGAGGGACGAUACCCCAAGUACAGUGACAGACACAGACUUCCUGUCCUGUGCUCUCUCAUCCAUGAGGUGCUCAGGCUCAGGCCUGUGGCCCCGCUGGCGGUGCCACACAGAGCCAUCAGAGACAGCAGUAUUGCAGGUCACUUCAUCCCCAAGAACACAGUCAUCAUUCCUAAUCUGUUCGGAGCUCACCACGAUCCUGCAGUCUGGCCUGACCCGUACAGUUUCAAACCAGAGCGCUUUCUGGAGGGAGGAGGAGGCUCCACCCGUGCCCUGAUCCCUUUCGGAGGUGGGGCCCGGCUCUGUCUGGGGGAGUCUGUCGCCAAAAUGGAGCUCUUUCUGUUCACUGCCUACUUGCUGAGAGAUUUCCAGUUCGUCCCUCCUGAGAGCGAGGCCUCUCUGCCCGACCUGAGAGGAGUUGCUAGUGUUGUGCUCAAGGUCAAGUCCUACUCAGUCAUAGCACGCCCAAGAGCUGACUAA